AUGGCCAGGACGGAGUACUAUUUAGUCGAUCAUUCGGGCAGGUCAGUCCGCACAGCAGAUGAUGAGGAUGGGCAGAUGAUCGCCUGGAUAUCCGAAGACCUCAGACCCAAACUAGUGGAAAGUAGUAGCUCUGGGUCGUUCUCGAUAUGGUUAGAUCGAGCCAUACAGUAUGUUUGUACUUGUCUCACACGAGCUGCAUCAGAUGCUUGCCUUGACAAGGUGUCAGGACCCUUCAAGAUCAGGGUGUCCUCGGUUGUGUGGUUAGAGUUUACUACCUCAGGUCACCAGUCUACCUGCAGAAACAUGGCAUGUGCUUUGAUGGUUGCAAGUGGGAUAAGUGAAGGGUCCUUCACCCUUGGCCACUUCCCAGCAGGAGCUACGGUACUGCCUCAGAACUUUCACCCAAGGGCUAUUUAUCAUACGUUGACUGAAGAUGUUAGUUCGCGCCUGGCUUCUCUUGAUAUAAGACCAGGAGAGACUGUGGUACUUGUUGAUUAUCAAUGCUAUCUAUACUAUUGUCGCCAGGAGUAUAUCCGCGAGGUGUUGCUUACGGUGUGGCUAUCAACACACGCUUCACGGCCAUGGAGAGUGAUGACCUACAAAAUUAUUACACUGUCUUGCUGGACUGGACGGCUAAGCAGUCAAUAA